AUGGGGCGGUACUGUAGCCAAAGACGCGCGCGAGACUCAUCGGUUUCUAUUGUCAAGCGUCGUCAAUAUUAUAACCAAUAUUAUUGGAUCAUGACGUAUAUAACGGAAGGUGUUGUCGUGGAGAAACGCUCGCGAUGGCGUCUAUCAAUCGUGACGGAUGUUGUAUGGGGAGCAAUUAACUUUGUCGGACUCUUUUUCUCGUCAAUAUUUUCCGAUCCAUCACAUACAUUGCGUUCUAAUAGUAAUAUAAGCCAAGACUCGACACGUCGUAUCGUUGGUGGCAAUGGACGUGGAGGUCCACGUCGAAUGGGACAAGUGAACCAUCGUCAAUCAACAUGUGGAAGUUGCUGUGGCUAG